AUGUCGUCCGCAAAGAUCAAGCUUGGUAUCAUUGGGUACGGUCACUCGGCCAAGAAUUUCCACCUACCUUUCCUUGUCCAUGUCCCUGAGAUCGAAGUUUACGCCAUCGUUCAACGAACACCACCGUCACCCGCUCAUAAAGCUGGCCAGCAUUGUACAAUCGACUUUCCCACCGUAAAACACUAUAGCGAUGUUUACGCUUUCUUCGACGAUCCAGAGAUCGAGCUGGUCUUGGUCGCCGUGCAUACAAUGCAUUAUGAGUACGGGAAGAGAGCGCUCCUAGCUGGAAAGAAUGUUAUAGUAGAGAAAGCGUUUACUACGACGAGUAAAGAAGCGGACGACCUCACCCAAACAGCCAAAGCUGUAAACAAGAUGGUUACAGUUUACCGCAAUCGUCGAUUUGACGGUGCCUUCUUGACUGUAAAACGUCUUAUCAAGGACGGCGUCUUGGGUGAUAUUAUUGACUUCGAGACACACUUCGACUGGGAUGACCCAGGUUGGCCAUCCAACUGGUCAAACGUGAAAGAGUAUAUCCCUGGUAAGGGUACACUGUUUGGAUUAGGAUCUCAUACCGCGGACCAGGUCCUUGACUUAUUUGGGCAGCCUGAAAGCGUGCUUGCAGUAUUAAGAGCCCAUAGAGAUGGAUCUCGUGGCAGCGCCAUUGACGACUGGCAUACCCUGAUUCUUCAGUACGCUGCAGAAGAGAAUCAAGGCAUGGUGGUUACUAUCAGGAGUACGCAGAUAAGUCCUAUGAGCAAACAACUUAGCUUCUUGGUGCGAGGCCGUCAAGGGUCAUACAUCAAGUUUCAUCAUGACGUUCAAGAAGCACAAAUAGCAGGCCGUCAGUUUUCGUCCGUUUUGGACCCUGGGUUUGGUCAAGAGGACCCUUCUCACUUCGGCGAGCUUACGACCACAACCAUGUAUGAUCCUUCUUACCAGGCGGUAAACAAUUCCGGUAGGCAGCCUCGAUAUAUAGGCAACAUUUUUACCGAGCGAGGGAAUUGGCGAGGAUACUAUCAGAAUAUCGCCAGAUUCUUACGUGGGCAAGAGGAGCUGGAGGUGACAGCGGACCAUGGGCGGGACGUGAUUAAGCUGUUUGAGCUCGCGCGGGAGAGUGCCAGAACUGGUACAUGUGUGCCAUGGAACUAG